CGGACAGCACCUUUCUUGAUUCCAGAACACCAGAGGCGACGAUUCUGCCGUGACAUGAUGUCGACAACAGCAGCAGAGCCCAGCCAGAGCACGGCGGCGGCGAGCUUGGCGUACCCGCCGUUCGGCGAUGGAGACAAGUACCGGGGCGCAGUGGUCGAGGACCUGCAACUGCCCCCUGCGUUUGCGCUGCCGCAAGACGAGGCGAUCUCACGGGCAAUUGAGCUCGCGUACGAGCGCGACUUUUCACACAUACCUGUGCUGGACAGGCACCGGAAGCCGCUCGGCUACAUCGAUGUUGCCGGGCUCAAGAAGAAGUGGGAGGCGGGCGAAGCGAGUCCGGAUGAGAAAGUGUCAAAGUACAUUAUCAAGUUCAUCCGCUCUAGUUCGCAUCCGUACACGGUCAUCACCCCAUCGACGCCCCUGGCCGAGCUCGAGCAGUUCUUGCAAGACAAGAUCUUUGCGCUGGUUACCGACGCAGGGCGGAAGUUUGUCCUCGCCGUCGUCACAAGGCAAGAUCUCGUUAAUUUUGUGCAGAGGCGGGGCUAGUCUUUCAUGUUCAAUUAAUCCCCCGCACACUCACGACUUGUACGCUUGGACUCGACCGCUCUGCCCUCUAAUGACUGUGUAUCCAUCUCUGUCGGCUUCAACGCCUUCAUGUCCGUCGCACCAUCAAGACAUUCUAAUCUAGUC